UGUGUGUAAAUGGCAGUCCUCGUCUCAGUGCAGCAGCUGUUGUUUCUCAUCUCCAGCUCUUUAAACUCUGUUUCUCUCAGGACUUUCUGGCAGCAUGAACUACGACGAGGCCAGUGAGGAUGAUGAUGAUGAUGAUGAAGCUGAAGAGCCGAACACAGAGAGCACUCGUCCUGCGUCGGCCUCCAGCACCAAAUCCACCACGGAGUGUCUCCCGCUGGGUUCUCCGUCGGCUGAGGGCUCCUCCGUUGAGGUGGAUAAUCUGGAGGAGUUUGUGCUCCGUCCGGCUCCGCGGGGAGUCACGGUCAAGUGUCGCAUCUCGCGGGACAAGAAGGGCAUGGACCGUGGCCUCUAUCCCACGUACUUCAUGCACCUGGAGAGAGAAGACGGCAAGAAGGUGUUCUUAUUGGCCGGACGCAAGAGGAAAAAGAGCAAAACAUCCAACUAUCUGAUCUCUGUAGACGCCACAGAUCUGUCCCGUGAGGGCGAGAGCUUCAUAGGAAAACUGAGGUCUAAUCUGAUGGGAACCAAGUUUACUGUGUAUGAUAACGGCACGAAUCCCUCGAAAACCCCCGGAGCGCUGCUGGAGGAAACCAACACACGGCAGGAGCUCGCCGCCAUCUGCUACGAGACCAAUGUUCUGGGCUUCAAAGGGCCGCGGAAGAUGACCGUCGUCAUUCCUGGCAUGAACAUGAACUUCGAGCGGGUUCCGGUUCGGCCCGCGUGUGAGCAGGAGUCUCUGCUGAGUAAAUGGCAGAAUCACUCGCUAGAGAAUCUGAUCGAGCUGCAUAAUAAAGCGCCGGUGUGGAACGACGACACGCAGUCCUACGUGCUGAACUUCCACGGCAGAGUCACACAAGCCUCCGUCAAGAACUUCCAGAUCGUCCACGACAACGACCCUGACUACAUCGUGAUGCAGUUUGGACGUGUGGCGGAGGACAUCUUCACUCUGGACUUUAACUACCCCAUGUGUGCCCUGCAGGCCUUUGCUAUCGGCCUGUCCAGCUUCGACAGCAAACUAGCCUGCGAGUGACCAUGUGACACGCCUCAACCGUACACGCACACACACACACACACACACACACUCACACACA